CCACGGAUGGUAGUGUUUUCUGUAGAGUAGCGUUGGAGAGGGAGCAGAUGCGGCGCUUGCCAUGACUUGUCCCAGGAAGCAGAGCUUUCAAGCGGCGUUGAUCUUCCUGUCUGUCGCCCAGAUGACUGCAGGUCUGAAGUGUGUGUGCCAGCUGUGCGCCAACCACACCUGUGAAACGGCCGCAGACGGUGCCUGCUGGAACUCUGUGAUGCUGAUUGAUGGGAAGGAGGAGUCGGUGAAGUCCUGCCUGACGCCCUCCGAGAUGAAGGGCCAGGUCUUCUGCUACAGCUCCCGUAAUGUCUCCAAAAGGAACUGCUGCUUCACUGACUUCUGCAACAAUGAGACUCUGCACCUACACCCAGAGAGGCCUUUGGAAGAACCCGGCUGGAGCAGGCUGCAGCUCACUGUGGUGAUCCUGGUGCCGUCCUGCCUGCUGUGUGUGGGGAUCCUUCUUGGUGUGUUCCUUGUGCAGGGCCACCACUGUGCCUACAGCCGAGCCCACAAGCAAGACCCGGAAGAGCCUCUGGAUGACCAGAUGCUCAUGUCACCUGACAAAUGUCUCAAAGAUCUGAUCUAUGACAUGAGCACCUCGGGCUCUGGAUCAGGUCUGCCACUGCUGGUCCAGAGAACCAUAGCUCGGACCAUUAUCCUGCAGGAGAUCAUUGGGAAGGGUCGAUUUGGUGAGGUGUGGCGUGGCAAGUGGCGAGGAGAGGACGUGGCGGUGAAGAUCUUCUCCUCCAGGGACGAGAGGUCCUGGUUCCGGGAAGCAGAGAUUUAUCAGACGAUCAUGCUCAGACAUGAGAACAUCCUGGGAUUCAUUGCUGCUGACAACAAAGAUAAUGGCUCAUGGACUCAGCUCUGGUUGGUCUCAGAGUACCAUGAGCAUGGCUCCCUGUAUGACUACCUGAACAGGUACACAGUUUCCAUGGAAGGCAUGAUCAUCCUGGCUUUGUCAAUAGCCAGCGGACUGGCCCAUCUCCACAUGGAAAUCAUUGGCACACAGGGGAAGCCUGCCAUUGCUCACAGAGACCUGAAGUCUAAAAAUGUCCUUGUGAAGAAGAACGGUACAGCAGUCAUCGCAGAUUUGGGUUUGGCCGUGAAACACGACUCCAACACCAACACCAUAGACAUACCGUCCAACCACAGAGUGGGAACCAAGAGGUACAUGGCUCCAGAAAUCCUGGAUGAGACAAUCAAUAUGAACAGCUUUGAGUCAUUCAAGCAGGCGGAUAUCUACUCGCUAGGCCUGGUGUUCUGGGAACUGGCCCGAAGAUGCUCUGUUAGGGGACUUCAUGAAGAUUUCCAGCUGCCUUACUAUGACCUGGUGCCUUCAGAUCCCUCCAUCGAAGACAUGAGGAAGGUGGUGUGUGAUCAGAAACUCAGACCCAGCAUUCCCAACCAGUGGCAGAGCUGUGAGGCUAUGCGUGUGAUGGGCAAACUGAUGAGAGAGUGCUGGUACGCUAACUCUGCUGCUCGACUCACUGCUCUCCGGGUCAAGAAGACAGUGUCUCAGCUGUCUGUCAUCAAGGAUGUCAAGGAAUAGUUCCAUUUGCUGUCCUGCAGAUCAGCACCAGUGCUGGCACUGGUGCAACAAGAGGAAGUGGGAGCAAACAGGGAGAAACUGUCCUGUCCAACUGCCUGAGGCUGCCCUCUUCAGGACACAACCACACUGUUCGCCCUCGGAGAGCUUCAUCAGGUCGUUGUUGGUGCCAAAGUAUUGUAGGAGGUGUUUGUGUCUGCUUUGCACACAGACACCUAAUCAACCAAUUUGAACCAAACAGCUAAGCAUUUGGUAGGAAGAGCCAUAUGAAAUAAGAAUAUGUUUAAUGUAUGUACAUAUUAUUUUUGCUACCUCACACAUUUAAGUGCCCAAAGCUUGAAGUUGCACAUUGUGAUGUUUUUGUGCCAUAUCUCGUAGCAAACACAGUGUUGCUGGGUAGGUAGUUUGCUAACUGACAAUCACAAAGGAUACUGGAUUAAAAAAAAAAACCCUAACCAGUUCUGACUGGUUUUAAAUGGCACGCAUUCAAGUACUGUUGUGCAUAAACGGAUUUACAAGUGGAAGAUAUUUAGCUAUAUUUAGCUAAACAUAUCCAAGUGUUUUUCUUUUAACCAUGAUCUAGUUCUGAUUAUUGAUUGUUAGAAAUUCAUCUUGGCUCUGUAGAUGACAAUGACAGUCCAGUAGUCAGUCAGUCUGUUGGUCCAAGAACCUCCACAACUACUGGAUGACCUUUUGGUGCAGACAUUCAUAUUCCCCAGAAGAUGAACUCAGAUGCCUCUAGGAUGUCACAAGAUGGACACUAGAUGGAGAGAGUAUAGCUGAGGUUCAGUGAGUACAUCUUAAACUAAUGAAAGAUGAGUCUGACACACUGGAGUUGAGUCUCGGACUGUCUUUAAAUGGUCUCAGUGAAAAGUUUUGAUUUACAUAACAACCUGAUCUUUUCUGGUGCCACUCCCCAGGCUAAACCCUUGUUUUUCACGGACUAGUCAUUUUAACUGUGUGAUGGGACAACAUAGCACUAAAAGCACAUUAAGUAUUGUUCUUAAUAUACAGAGAUGUAAUGCGAGGAACUCCUACUAUAAAUUUUGCACAUUUAAAGCUUUCAGUUGAUGAAAAGAGCUGCUCUCUGACAGCCGAAU